CACGGUUGGCUAGAGAGAUCCAAAAGAGACAACAUACAUCUUCAAAAUGGUGGCAAACAAGUCAUUGAUCUUCAAGAAGGUCCACGAGACACCCACGGUGGCGGGGCAGGAUAUCGCUGUGGAGAGCAGAGACUUCAAUCUUGACCAGGAAUUGCUGGGAGGUUCCAUCUUGGUACAAGUUCUAUAUGUCUCAUUCGACCCGUACAUGAAGGGUCGCAUGGUUGAGAAGCCGGUUAUGGGCCCUUACAAGCUCAAUGAGCCCAUCCCGAACACAGCCCUCGCCAAAAUCCUUCGAUCCAAAAAUGAAGGAUUCCCGGAAGGCGCCAUAGUCAGGGGGGAAUUCCCAAUCAGCCAGUACGCCGUCGCCACUGCCGAGGACUUACAGGCCGGAUGGGCACACCUGAUCGAGAACCCGUUCAAUUUCCCACUUGACACGUUCCUUGCUGGCCUGGGGAUGCCCGGGCUCGCCGCCUAUGCCUCUCUCUACGAGAUAGGCAAGCCCAAAAAAGGCGAGACCUUGUACGUCUCCGCUGCAGCCGGCGCCGUGGGCCAUGUAGUCGGGCAGAUCGCCAAGCGCGAGGGUCUACGUGUCAUUGGCUCUGUGGGCGCGGACGAAAAGGUCGACUAUCUUGUGAGUGAGUUCGGCUUCGACGCUGUGUUCAAUUACAAGAAGGAAACGGUCGACGAGGGCCUCGCCCGUCUUGCACCCGACGGAAUCGACAUCUUUUACGACAACGUCGGCGGUGAGACGCUAGAUGCGGCUCUAUUAAAGAUGAACCCAUAUGGACGAAUCAUCGCCUGCGGAGCCAUCAGCCAGUACACGCGUGUUCAAGGCCCUUACACGGGCUAUGGAGUUACCAAUAUCUUCAACAUCACCGUGAAGCGAGUCACCAUGGCUGGCUAUAUCGUGACUGACCCAAACAUUGGUCCCAAGUAUGGCGCGGAGCAUAUGCAGAACGUGUCAAAGUGGAUUCAUGAUGGUAGCUUCACCUCCAAGUCGACUAUCGUGGACGGCGUGGAUCAAGCAGCCGAUGGAUUUGUGGGCAUGUUUUACGGCAAGAACAUUGGAAAGGCUGUCCUCAAGAUCUAGAAUACUGCCC